CUUUUAAAAUCAGCUGCACCCUGUCUCUAUUUCCUCUCACAGGCUCUUAGUGGAGAAGCUGAGGAUUGUGGGAGUUGAGGUGCAGAUUAUUCUUCUUCUCUCUCUCUGCCAGCAGGAGGAUGUUUGGCUCUGUGCUGCUCUGUUAUUGGUCCUUCAGCCUUCUGCGUCUUUCAUCUUCUCUGGUUCAUGGAAACAUCCAGCUGGAUGACAGUUCGCCCGCUGCCCGACGCCCUGAAACUUCCUACCUGUCUGACAUCGACAGAGGCCACGUCCCCGACCCUGUCCAUGACCCCGCCCUCCUUCCUGUCGACUCAGUGGAGGAUCACUUCCUGAUGGAUGCAGGGUCCUACGACGAGGACUCGUCGGCAGCCCUGCAGCUGCAAGGUCGGGCCAUGCGUUCACCUCGUCGCUGUAUCCCUCACCAGCAGUCGUGCCUGGGUUACCCGCUGCCCUGCUGCGACCCCUGUGACACCUGCUACUGCCGCUUCUUCAACGCCAUCUGCUACUGUCGUCGUGUCGGCCACGUCUGCCCUCCCAGACGCACCUGAAUGUACCAAACAAUGUCAUGCUGUCAGUGCAGAUUGGAGAGGCAUGUUGAUGCUCUGUCCACUACAUGUUGUAUAAAGUGUGCUCUUUGUGUAAUAAAUGACAUGAAAAUCUGUUUCCAAUGUCAGUUCAAUGUGUUUUGUGUCAGUGAAGACAAAUUAAAACAGACAGAGAUGUGAUGGUGUGUAGCUGUAUCUUUGAACCCUGGACAGAGCCAGCCAAUGCUAAGCUAAGCUAACACAUCCUGACUCCAGCUCAGUACUGAGCACACAGACGUGAAGUUAAUGAACAAGACAGGGACAGGUUCAGAGUUUCUGUGAUUUAUUGAUGAUCAGGUUGAGACUGUCUGGGCUGACAUGCUUAGUUGGCAGCGAUGGUCUGGUCCAUCCAGGCGCGGAGCUCAGUGACGCGGGCGUAGACGCCGGGCAU